AUAUACAAUUAGGAACUUAAUGCUAAUGUCUUUUUGGGCGGUGUGAAGGCUACAAGCCUAUAAGCUAUAACAGUACAAGAGAAAUGGAGGAUUUUUCUUUUCAAAAUCUCUGCCACAUGACAUAAAGAAAGGAACAAAGAACCCACCCCUGACCCCCCACAAUCCAAAUCUGCACUUGCCUUCUCUUCUCUUUUCUCAAUUCACCAUCCUUUUCUUUAUUUUCCUUUCUUCCCCCAUUCACAUUAGCUUAUUUCCACUAGUCAGUGUAUAAUUGUGUAUGUAUGUGCUGGUGCACUUAUUAUCAGUGCAAAAAACUUGCUUUUGCUAUUAAUUUAAUUGACCCAAUUCCUGACUUUUCCUGUCUCCCAUAAAAAAUUUCACACUCUUCCCAUUUCUACUUCCCUCCUUCCUUUAUAAACAUCACUAUUUCCUACAAUAAAAUGGAGGGUACUUUCAGUUUCUGGGUUUACUAGCCUUUUUGACUCAAAGAUCUCAUCUUUCUUCUGGAUUUUUGCUUAAAUGGGGAGAAAUAUUGUUACUUUCUUGCAUUUGUUCUUGUUCUUGUUGUUUUUGUUAAAGAAUGUUGCUUUUUGCCAAAUUAAUCAAGAUGAAGUAACUGGUAUUUAUAUUGUUACUCUUAAGCAAGCUCCUUCUGCUCAUUUCUUGUUCAAUGAACUCACUCAAACUAAUAAAGGUUUGCCCAAGAAGCACCAUCCUUCUCCUAAAGUGAACACUUUCCACAAGCAUAGAAAUGUUUCAAGAUCGGAUGGCCACUAUGGUUCGAGUAUUGCUCGAAUUCAUGAUUCUUUGUUAAGGAAGGUGUUGAGAGGGCAAAAGUAUUUGAAACUGUACAGUUAUCAUUACUUGAUUAAUGGGUUUGCUGUGCUUGUUACACCUGAGCAGGCGGACAAGCUUUCUAGAAGAAGAGAAGUAGCGAAUGUGGUAUUGGAUUUCUCUGUUAGGACCGACACUACACAUACUCCUGAGUUCCUAGGAUUGCCUCAAGGGGCAUGGUCCGAGGAAGGGGGAUACGAUUCUGCAGGAGAAGGGAUUGUCAUUGGAUUUAUUGAUACCGGGAUUGAUCCUACACAUCCGAGCUUUUCAGAUUCCAUAGAAGGGAAUGCAUAUCCAAUUCCACAGCAUUUUUCUGGAAUUUGUGAGGUUACUAAGGAUUUUCCUGCAGGGUCUUGCAACAGGAAACUUAUUGGAGCGAGACAUUUUGCUGCAUCAGCUAUAACAAGAGGGGUUUUCAAUUACAGCAAGGAUUAUGCAUCCCCCUUUGAUGGUGAUGGGCAUGGCACGCAUACAGUUUCAAUUGCAUCAGGAAACCAUGGGAUUCCGGUGGUGGUAGCAGGGCAUCACUUUGGAAAUGCCAGUGGAAUGGCUCCUCGUUCACAUAUUGCUAUCUACAAAGCAUUGUACAAGGGCUUUGGUGGGUUUGCAGCUGACGUAGUUGCAGCCAUAGACCAGGCAGCUCAGGAUGGUGUUGACAUCAUUAGCUUAUCAAUCACUCCCAAUAGGCGUCCUCCUGGAGUUGCAAUAUUCUUCAAUCCCAUUGACAUGGCGUUAUUAACAGCCGUUAAAGCUGGUAUAUUUGUAGUGCAAGCUGCAGGAAACACUGGUCCUGCUCCACACAGUGUAUCUUCUUUCAGUCCAUGGAUUUUCACAGUUGGGGCUGCUUCUCAUGACAGAGUUUACACUAACUCUAUAAAUCUCGGCAAUAAUGUGACCAUAUCUGGUGUUGGAUUUGCGUCGGGAACAAACGACACUAUGUAUACCAUGAUCUCUGCUACACAUGCAUUGUGCAAUGAUACGGAUGCAUCAAAUGACUUGUACGUUGGUGAAUGUCAAGAUCCCAGUAUUUUGGAGCCUGAACUUGUUGCUGGAAACCUCCUGAUCUGUAGCUAUUCAGUACGUUUUGUUCUUGGAACAUCCACCAUCAAACAAGCAUUACAGACAGCCAGGAAUCUUAGUGCAGCUGGUGUUGUGUUUUACUUGGAUCCGUUUGUUUUAGGGUUUCAGCUGAACCCAACUCCUAUGGAUAUGCCUGGCAUUAUUAUUCCAUCAGCAAAUGAUUCUAAGGUUUUGCUCCAAUAUUACAAUUCAUCUUUGGUACGAGAUGGGUCCACAAAGAAAAUUGUAAAAUUCGGAGCAAUUGCUAGCAUUUCUGGUGGACUAAAGCCGAAUUAUAUUGAUUCUGCUCCAAAGGUAAUGUACUACUCAGCUAGAGGUCCGGACCCAGAAGACAACUCUUUUAACGACGCAGACAUACUGAAACCAAAUCUGGUUGCUCCCGGGAAUUCUAUAUGGGGUGCUUGGAGCUCACUUGGCACUGAUUCCACCGAGUUUCUUGGUGAGAAUUUUGCUAUGAUGUCUGGGACAAGCAUGGCUGCUCCUCAUGUAGCAGGACUUGCAGCUCUAAUCAAGAAGAAAUUCGCUGGUUUUACUCCAGCUGCUAUCGCCUCGGCUCUUUCAACGACAGCUUCACUUCGUGACAAGAACGGUGGACCGAUUAUGGCCCAGCGUGCUUAUUCCAACCCAGAUGUGAAUCAAUCUCCUGCAACUGUAUUCGAUAUGGGCAGUGGAUUUGUUAAUGGAACUGGGUCCUUAGAUCCAGGGCUCAUAUUCGAUACAAGCUACAGCAACUAUAUUUCCUUUCUCUGUGGAAUAAAUGGUUCAGCUUCUACAGUAUUAAACUACACUGGUCAGACCUGUGACGGGGUUCCUACUAUGAGCGGCACUGACUUAAACUUACCCUCUAUAACAAUUGCAAAGCUGAAUCAAACUAGAGCCGUAAAUCGAACGGUUUUGAAUAUUGGUGUCGAUGAGUCGUUUCGUGUUGGCUGGGCUGCUCCUUAUGGUGUUUCUAUGAAGAUUAGGCCCACACAAUUCUUCAUUGCAGCUGGAGCGAAACAGGUACUCACUGUAAUGCUAGAUGCUAUUAGGAAUGAUACAGUUGCUAGCUAUGGUAGGAUCGGGCUUUUUGGGGAUAAAGGUCACAUAGUAAACAUCCCCGUAGCCGUAAUCUCUAAAACAUUUUACAAUGUAAGUAGUAAUUGAUGGGUGAUAGAAAUUGAAAUGAUUAAAUCUCGGUUGUCCGAGCUUGGAGGUCGGCUAACGUAAGUAGUAGUCUCAUGUAGUGUGCCAGUGUCGCAUGAUUCACUAAUCUUCCCGCGAAUUGAAAAUUGAAAAAAGAGAAUUUUAUCGGUUUUAGGUGGGCAUUUUGAGCGGAUUGCGAAUUUAAAAAGAGUAGCUGGUGAAUUAUGUUACACUGGUCUUACGAGUUGCUACCAAUUUUAUUUAUUCAUACAUGUAAAAGCUAUUGUACUCUGUUAAGAAUGUAGAUAUGUGAUUGUAUGAUAGUCUAAGAGAAAAUUUCUGUUUUUGCAUCUACUAAUGUCUCAAGAAUAUAGAUUUUGGCUAGUCCAAACAAUUCCUUUUUGUGAUUCAUUAUUGAAUACAAUGCUUGAAGAAUGAGAAAGGGAAGGUUUUCCUUGAUUAUUUCACCUAUUUCCUACUUCUGUAGAGAGUUUCAUGGUUUCAUCAUACUUGAAAUUUUUGGUGGAUAUUCUGGGUUCACUUUAGCCGAUGAAAUGGAGAGGGUAGUCGGUAUGCUGUUCAGGUUCCCUGGU